AUGCGCUUGCCUACAGUCAACGAAAGUUCAGUUGCACAACGAUUCAAAUUUCUCACCAAGGGUGCAUCAACGCCGACAGAGAAUUUGUCUGAUCGGCCAACGCGGGGCAGUCCAGGUACCGCGCCCGUUAAUAUUCCGCGAAGAAGCAGCAAACGCAUCAGCCGCACUUACAAUGGCCCUCGAAACAUAUCAGCUCCCCUGCCGCGUAUUCAGUCGUCCUCUGAGCUGGAAUCACCUCCGCACCAGCAAGGAAUAGCAGACCGCGACCUUCUCCCCUCGGCGCAGUUGCAAAAGCCCCAGAACACAGCUACGCCAGGGUCCAGUUUCACGCCACAUAAUACCAACGAUAUCAAUGCUCUUCCCACGCCGCCUCCCAAUCAGAGGUACCCGACACCACAAUCUUUGGAACCAGCUCGUGCGCAGUCACCUUCCAUUGCGGAGUUGACUCCUACAGCGUUGAGGAUUAUCAAGAGGAAACCAGCGCAAAACCAUCAAGUCGAGCCUGCAGCAUCCUCUAACCCAUCAGGUUCAAGUCCGGCUUACAUAAAUCCUCCCCCCCGGAGAGCCUCGGCUACUGCCGCUACUACUGGACUUUAUGAAACGGCGCCUCAGCGCACCAAUAUCGGCGAAACGUGGACGCAACCCCCUUCGCGUUUCAGUGUCACCACCUACGCUACUUCAAAUGCGGGCACUCCCCAGCAGCCUUCGGAAGAACAAAUGCCUACAAUUACCAAGUCUGCUGUCCCUGUCGUGACCCGUCCGGGCCCAUUGUCGAAGCGGGAAAUUCAUAAUGUUCCUUCUGCCAGUCAAACAAUAACGAUGCCUAAGCAAAGGACGCAAAUGCCUAGCCCAUAUGGCGCUGGUAACCAGAUUGCGGUCUCGAGCGAAGUAUCUCUCAAUGGGCCUGUCCACGGCCGGGCCGUCAGUAAUAUGGAAUCAUCUCGUCGAAAUUCCAUAAUGUCCAUCACCAAGCCACUUCCUCCCGCGCCGCCAGAAUUGGCAUCAGGUGACGACAGAAUUGCGCAACUAAACGCUAUUCUGUCGGGAUUGGCUCACCGCAAGCUCAACAUCAACAAGAGCAUCCAACAGAUGACGGAGCUGAUGCCUCGAGAUAAUUUGAUGGCCAGCGAAGAGGUGCUUCGAAAGAGGGAGGUCGAGAAGCAGAAAGUAGAAGGGCUGAAACAAGAGCUAGCGGACAUUCAGCACGAAGAAUACGACUUGGGCUUGAAGUUGCACAGGGCAUACAAGCGCCAAGACAAAAAUGCAGAAUACGAACCAACUACGCUGUGGGUCAGAAGAAUUACUACAAGUUAA